AUUAAAUUAACAACCUUUUGCGUACGUCAUAUUUCUCAACGUGUGACGAAGAGCGUUCACGGUUACUUCGAACCAGACUCCCUGCCUUUACCCACAAUAACCAACAGUCGGUCUAAUUCCUAACUGUCUCUCUCUCUGAGUGUCCACAAUCGACCAUCUUGCUUACUCUGUCUCUUUCCUCCCACGUGCAAAGGAAAGAGACAAAGGGAAACUAGUCCGGCUCCGGCCUGGUCGAUCAAUGGGUCCCACGUGCGCGCUCAUCCACAACGGUACAGAACCAACCGAUAGUAACACUUCGCGAUGGCUUUAUGCUAUUUCGCACUGUUUCUAUUCAUAAUAACGAGACGAAGUGUGAAGAGGCGAGAAGGGGUGUGGAGCGGGGGGGGCGGGAGAAGAGUCAAUAGGUACCCAAGUCUCGAUCGGGUGUACCUUUCGAGACAGGUUCCCACGGCUCCACAAAGACACCACCUACUGAGAGUAGUUCUUUAUACCACUAUCCGCGCAUAUUGUGUAACGCAGCCGAUGCACAAGCGCUGCUGGUGGAAAACCUGAAAGGGCAACUAGGCAGCGGUUUAUGGUCAGUGACGACUCGCCUUGGAGCCGAUGACGACGGUGGUUAGGUCGGUGAGGUGAUAUUCGGAGCAGCCACUAAGAGUGAGGGACGGCGACCACACCACGGUACAAGAACGGUAACGCACGCACGCGGCCAGGCAGGCAGGCAGGCAGUUACGCAUCGUCAUGCACUGACGUUGGAAUUAGUGGCGUGAUGCGAAGGAAUUUCGAUCGAUCGCAACUUGGCACGAGUAGUCACACGGUGGACGUGCAACGUCGCGCGACAACGUCAGGCGCAAGCGGGCAGCUCUCGCUUCGGUGAUAACGCACACAGUCGUCGCACACACAGGCAUCGGCCUAUUAACGCGUGAGUCGUCGAUCAGCGCUCGCUCCUUAACUAAUUGCUCGACGAACUUUGACCACUGUACAACAAUCCCACCCGUCAGACACGUUCACGGUCCAAUCUCGGCCGAUUUCUCGCGCGGCCGGUCCUCCUCCUUGCCCGCGCGCAUUGUCCGCGCAUCCUCCUCUCCGUCGUCAACUUUGUCGUACAAAGCAAGUGUGAUCCGCGAAAAAUCGAGCGCGACUACGCUCAAAGGUUAAAGGGAUGCUAUCGACAUGGAGUUGGAUCUUUCUUAAUCUCAUUAUCUAUGUAAGCAGCGUCCCGGUGGAAAGUGAAACUAAAGCCUUGUUAGAGCUAACCGAAUUAGACUAUGAAGAUGCAUGUUAUAACAUCAGCAAUGUACAAUGGUCAUUUACCGUUGCACCUUCCGAAGAAACAUUACUCGCAUGGGAAGUGCAACAGUACGAAUAUGGGAUAUUUAAGAAAACACAAAAAAUCGAGAUACUCAAUACAAUAACAGAUGACAAUAAAUUACAGCUCGAACGAUUACUUAAAUAUAAAUAUGAUGUGAUUGAGAAACCUGGGGACGCGCUGCUGAAAGAAGAAGAUUGGAAGCAACUCGUGCACUUUGUCGGUACCGUAGAAUUGCAAAGAUCCAUCAACAGUUAUGUCAACAAAUCGCAAAACUAUUCACGAGAAGAUGUAGAAUAUUUGCUGUCCCACAGCGGGGAAGCAAGCGGUAAACAAGCUGCUUGGAACGGCUGGUAUCGUGAAUUAAAACCGCUAAUGGUGAAUUAUUCAAACAAUUUACCUUUUAUCGCGGAAGCGGCAAAAGAAAAUGGUGCCAAAAACGUUGAGGAAUAUUGGGAGAUGUUGGCAGGAUAUCCUGAUGCGUAUGAGAAAAUAAGGAACGAAUGGAGUCGGAUUAAUAAUCUUCAUAAAAAAAUUCUGAAAUUCAUUGGCACGAACUUGUCCAAAAAAUAUGGGAUUAUUAUAAAUGACACACUACCAGCUCAUUUACUUGGUAGCUUACAAGGAUACGAUUGGGCGGAUUUACCAUCAGAUUUAUUUGCCGAAUCAAAUUUAAUCUACGAUAUCAAGAAGAAUCUCUGGAAGAAGAAAUACGCAGGAAAAUCUCUAUACAAAAUUGCAUCUAAUUUGGGUGCAUUAUUACUCAAACAAGUUCCUCAAGCUGAAUUUUGGGAGAACAGCGAGUUCAAUCGACAAUGUCCAUCUAGACUAUUAAAUCUUUGUCGAGAUGGUAAAAUGAGAGUAUCAACUUGCUACAAAGCCACCAUGAGCAAUUUUAUAGCAGCUCACAAAGAUGUCGGGAGAAUUCUAUUCAAUCAAAUGAUUGUCGAGGACACUCCCGUUCUCAAUAUAGUUAACAGAUAUUCGGGAUUAGAAGAAAGUAUAUCGACAUUAUUUGGAAUAAUAUCGGCGAGUCCUGGAUGGCUAAAUCAUACUAACUUAAUGAAUACCUCCAACGAUAAUGAACAACGCAUGAUUGUAUCUCUAAUGAUUACUGCCUUAGAUAUACUUCCACGAUUAACGUAUUAUUAUUCUGCCGACAUGUGGCGAUUAAAUGCAAUUGCGAAGAAUAUUUCUGAUCCAGUGGAUUUGUUGUCGUCUUGGUGGAAACACAGGCAAGAAUAUGAAGGUGUCUCUUCCAUCGAUGCGGUUAGUCCUACUUUCCUGGAUGAUAUUUAUAUUAUUGACAACAAACCGUAUCUUCCUAAAAUCCUUGGUACGUUACUUGCUUUCCAAUUAUACGAGUAUGUGGCGGACUCAACCGAAGUCAGAUACAACAACAUUGACGGAAAAUUUAUGAAUGGCAAGAUAAUAAAAAUGAUUCAAAGUGGUGGCGCCCACAAUUGGCCAGAUGUUCUCAACGAAAACUUGGAUAUAGACGAUAUAUACAUGGAUCCUCUCAUUUCAUAUUUUGCACCGUUGGAAGAAUUUAUCGAGAUAAGUGAAGAAAACUUUGAAUAUAAAUCUGGAUCAAAAGAAGACAAAGAAUUAGAAGAAUUGGAGAAGCAUAUAUUGCAAGAAAUAAAUGCUCUCACUACGACAUCACCACCACCACCACCACCACCACCACCAGCAUCUACAGUCAUAAUUACAAACAAACACAAAACAACAAAAGUUAUGUCAUCUAACUUUAGAAAUAUUGCGAACCAAGUACAACUUACAACAAGUAUAUCUAUUCCGGAAGACAAGCCAAAAAGUCCCGAUUCAUCGGAGUCAACUAAAGUUCCUGUCAAUGAAUCACUGACGCCUGGUGUAGCAAAUGAUACACAAGAGAAUACACCAAAGAUUAACACCAGUAAAACAAUAUGGGUCGUAAGCGCAGUUCUUAUAGCUAUAAUUGUCAUUUGUAUGAUCGCGAUCUUCGGGAGACAAAGAUGUCGUAAAACGCCAAAAAAUAGACGAUAUGUUUAGCGAUAUAAUUUUCUAACUUUCGUCAUUAAACAUAUUUAUUUCUUGCAUUUAGUCCUUAAGAAAAUUCUUGGUCUCGUAAAUUAUUGUCACAAAUAAUGCAUAUUUCAUUAACGGAGCCGUUUUUUGAUUAUUAUUUAAUUUUGAAAUACAUUCGACAUUUCACUCGGCAUUCCUUAGCGAUUUUUCUUACUGUAGAUAUAUUUUUUCUUUCCUAAUAGGAAUAAUGAGUCAUUGUUAUAUUUGAUUUUUAUAUUCUGUUCUUCCAUUCUUGAUAUAUAUCGUAUUCUUUGAAAAAAUGCACUUACUAACAUUGGUAGUUCGGUAUCCAAUUGUUUUCUGGUAUCAAUCAUAUUGAAUAAUGUCAAGAGAGAAGUCGUGCGAAUUCUAUUCUUGCAAAACUUGAACGUGCAACGAAUUGAUUCAUUCGAUUUUUCUCUUUUAUCAUAAUAAAUUAAUAUGACCAUAGGAAGAGAUCCCAUAAAUCUUGAAAAAACUUGCAGCUGGUAUGUAUCUCUAAUUAUAUAUAUAUAUA